CUCUCCAUUGCAAGCAGCCGAGACAAACUCCGACCAUCCACUCUCUCUCUCUCUCUUUCUCUUUCUCUCUCUAACCCCCUCGCCGCUCGCCGCUCGCCGCUUGCCGCGACACUUUCGCGUUCCGUGUUCAGUUUCUCCGCUUCGACCGCGCUCGCUCGCUCCCCCCCAAUCGACGGCCGCCACGACUUUCGCCGGAUCUCAGAUCCGCCGCCCGGCGCCCAGUGAUCGGAGGGAGGGAAAUGAUCCCGGACUGCUACUGAUAAAUCCUCGAUCACCGAUAGCGAUUUAAUAAUCAUGGAGAGCUUGGCACAACUAGAGGCGCUGUGCGAGAGGCUGUACAAUUCGCAGGACUCAGCUGAACGGGCGCAUGCCGAGAACACUCUGAAAUGCUUCUCAGUUAACACAGAUUACAUCUCGCAGUGCCAGUAUAUCCUUGACAAUGCUUUGACCCCUUACGCGUUGAUGCUUGCUAGUUCGAGCUUACUGAAGCAAGUCACCGAGCAUACCCUUGCUCUACAGCUGCGUCUUGAUAUCCGAAACUACCUGAUUAACUAUCUCGCAACCAGAGGACCGAAACUACAGCCUUUUGUAACGGCAUCAUUGAUUCAACUUCUGUGCCGUAUAACGAAGUUCGGGUGGUUUGAUGAUGACAGAUUUCGUGACGUGGUGAAAGAAGCAACGGACUUUUUGAGCCAGGCAACAUCUGAUCAUUAUGCCAUUGGUUUGAAGAUAUUGAAUCAGCUUGUUUCAGAAAUGAACCAGUCUAAUGUAGGCCUGCCAUCAACACACCACAGAAGGGUUGCUUGCUCCUUUAGGGAUCAAUCACUUUCCCAGAUAUUCCAGAUAUCCUUGACAUCUCUGCAUCAACUGAAAAAUGAUGUAGCAAGUCGUCUACAAGAGCUAGCACUCUCGCUCACUCUUAAGUGUUUGUCAUUUGAUUUUGUGGGGACCUCUAUUGAUGAAAGUUCAGAAGAGUUUGGUACGGUUCAGAUUCCAUCAUCUUGGAGGAUGGUUUUGGAGGAUCCUUCUACUCUCCAGAUCUUUUUUGAUUAUUAUGCUAUUGGAAAUGCUCCUCUUUCAAAAGAGGCACUUGAAUGCUUGGUGCGCUUAGCUUCAGUAAGACGUUCUCUGUUUACGAAUGAUGCGGCUCGUUCCAAGUUCUUGGCGCAUCUGAUGACGGGAACUAAAGAAAUUUUGCAAACAGGACAAGGUCUUGCUGAUCAUGACAAUUACCAUGAGUUUUGUCGACUUCUCGGGCGCUUUAGAGUAAAUUAUCAGUUGUCAGAACUUGUCAAUGUGGAAGGCUACGGUGACUGGAUACGGUUGGUAGCGGCGUUUACUUUAAAGUCCUUGCAAUCUUGGCAGUGGGCUAGCAGCAGUGUAUACUACCUUCUGGGAUUGUGGUCAAGAUUGGUGACAUCUGUACCCUACUUGAAGGGUGAUGCACCAAGCUUGCUGGAGGAGUUUGUGCCUAAGAUCACCGAAGGAUUUAUUACUUCACGGUUUGAUUCCAUACAGGCUGGAUUUCCAGAUGAUCCCUCAGAGAACCCAUUGGACAAUGUUGAACUUCUUCAGGAUCAGCUUGACUGCUUCCCUUAUCUCUGUAGAUUUCAGUAUGAGAGCAGUAGUUUGUACAUAAUACAAAUGAUGGAGCCUAUUUUGCAAACAUACACGGAGAGAGCACGAUUAUCAGGAGGUGACAGUAGUGAUCUGUCGAUUAUUGAAGCUAAACUGGCUUGGAUUGUCCAUAUAAUUGCCGCUAUAGUCAAAAUGAAGCAAUGCAUUGGUUGCAGUAUGGAGUCACAAGAAGUGCUUGAUGCAGAACUUUCUGCUCGUGUUCUGCAGUUAAUUAAUGUGACAGACACUGGGUUGCACAGUCAGAGAUACGGUGAACUGAGCAAGCAAAGGCUUGAUCGAGCAUUACUUACCUUCUUUCAGCACUUCAGAAAGUCUUAUGUUGGUGAUCAGGCAAUGCAUUCCUCAAAACAGUUAUACGCCCGGUUGUCUGAGCUUCUCGGAAUUCAUGAUCAUUUGUUACUUUUGAAUGUGAUUAUGAGCAAGAUUGCUACCAAUCUUAAAUGCUACACUGAGAGUGAAGAAGUCAUCGAUCACACCUUAAGUUUGUUUUUGGAGCUGGCUUCGGGCUACAUGACUGGAAAGCUCCUUUUGAAGUUGGACUCUGUUAAAUUCAUAAUUGCAAAUCACACGAGGGAGCACUUUCCAUUUUUGGAGGAAUACAGAUGCUCGCGCAGCAGGACAACGUUCUAUUAUAUUAUCGGCUGGCUAAUUUUCCUGGAGGAUAGCCCCUUGAAAUUUAAAUCAUCGAUGGAGCCCCUAUUGCAAGUUUUCAUAAGCUUGGAAUCAACACCUGACUCGAUGUUCCGUACAGAUGCUGUAAAGUAUGCAUUGAUUGGGUUAAUGAGGGAUCUGAGAGGAAUUGCAAUGGCUACAAAUAGUCGGAGAACGUAUGGGCUUCUUUUUGAUUGGCUAUAUCCAGCUCAUAUGCCACUUCUUUUGAAAGGCAUCUCUCAUUGGUCUGAUACGCCAGAGGUUACUACCCCAAUGUUGAAAUUCAUGGCUGAGUUUGUGUUGAACAAAGCCCAGCGUCUUACGUUUGAUUCAUCUUCGCCCAACGGAAUACUUCUUUUCCGUGAAGUCAGUAAAUUGAUUGUAGCCUAUGGGUCAAGAAUAUUGUCCCUCCCAAAUGCUGCCGAUAUAUAUGCUUUCAAGUACAAGGGGAUCUGGAUUUCUUUCACUAUUCUGUCUAGAGCUCUAGCGGGCAAUUAUGUCAACUUUGGUGUGUUCGAACUUUAUGGUGAUAGGGCACUUUCAGAUGCACUUGAUAUAGCCUUGAAGAUGACACUUUCAAUUCCUCUUGCUGAUAUCUUAGCAUAUAGGAAGUUAACAAGAGCCUACUUUGCAUUCCUAGAGGUCUUAUUCAGCAGCCACAUAGUUUUUAUUCUGAAUCUCGACGCAAGUACCUUCAUGCAUAUUGUUGGUUCACUUGAAUCGGGUCUUAAAGGUUUGGAUACAAAUAUCUCAUCUCAGUGUGCAUCUGCUGUUGAUAAUUUGGCAGCAUUCUACUUCAACAACAUCACAAUGGGUGAGGCUCCCAAUUCAGCUGCUGCAAUAAAUCUUGCUCGACAUAUUGCAGAUUGCCCAACCUUGUUUCCAGAAAUAUUAAAGACUUUGUUUGAGAUCGUUUUAUUCGAGGACUGUGGAAACCAAUGGAGUCUUAGCAGACCAAUGCUCAGCUUGAUCCUCAUCAGUGAGCAAAUAUUCUCGGAUUUGAAGGCUCAGAUUUUGGCAUCACAACUGGUGGAUCAGCAUCAAAGGCUUUCGCUGUGUUUCGACAAACUGAUGGCUGAUGUCACUCGAAGCCUAGAUUCGAAGAACAGGGAUAAGUUCACUCAGAACCUAACUGUUUUCAGGCACGAAUUUCGGGUCAAGUAAUGUGGCAUAUUCUUGCGAUGACGACUCCAGUGGUGCUCUGUCGGUCGUGCACAUGGAUUUUUUGGUGUGGUCCUUAGACCUUGUUGGCAGACACAAAGGAUCAGAUAUUGCAAAAGCUUGGCAAAAAGGGGGAGGGAUUCCUCUAUGGAUGGAUUGUGGGUUUCUCUGUACAGUAGUUUGUGUUCCUUUUGUUUGGAGAUGGAUGCUUCGCUGGGUUUCAGGAGGACUUUUUUUCUAUUAGAUCUUAAGUGGUGGUGGGUUUGGUAUAGCUGCUUAGAAUUCCCUUGGGAGACCUAUUCUUUUAGAAUUGAAGGUGUAAAUUUUGUCCACCUGAUUCAUAGAUUUUUAAGGUUUUUGUAAAAUAACCUGAAUAUUCUUUGUACUUGUGUAUAAAAGAAGGGGGGAAAAGGAAGGAAAGGGGAGAAAAGAAAGUAUUACUUCAUUUGGUUU